AUGAGCCGGUGGAGUGUGCUAGGGUAUGGGGGAGGUCAUGCCAGGGGCUGGGGGUAUCCUGGGCACAGGCUUGCCCGCAGCAGUGCUGACAGGCUGGCGGGGUGUGCGCAGGCUGGCGGCAGCAGCGGGGCAGCGGUGAUCGACAUGGAGAACAUGGACGAUACGUCCGGGUCAAGCUUCGAGGACAUGGGCGAGAUGCACCAGCGGAUGAAGGAAGAGGAGGAGGAGGAGGCUGAGGCGACAGUAGGGGAUGAGGAGGACAGCGAGUUCCUGGGCAUGAAGGGCUUCCGCGGGCAGCUGGGCCGGCAGGUGGCCGAUCAGAUGUGGCAGGCGGGUAAGAGACAGGCCUCCAAGGCCUUCAGUCUCUACGCCAACAUUGACAUCCUGCGCCCCUACUUUGACGUGGAGCCCAUCCAAGUUCGGAACAGGUUGCUGGAGUCCAUGAUCCCUGUGAAGAUGAUUAAUUUUCCACAGAAGAUUGCAGGUGAGCUCUACGGGCCUCUCAUGCUUGUCUUCACACUGGUGGCCAUCCUUCUGCAUGGGAUGAAGACCUCGGACACUAUCAUUAGAGAAGGCACACUGAUGGGGACAGCCAUUGGCACCUGCUUUGGUUACUGGCUGGGCGUCUCCUCCUUUAUCUAUUUCCUGGCAUACCUGUGCAAUGCCCAGAUCACUAUGGUGCAAAUGUUGUCAUUGCUGGGCUAUGGCCUUUUUGGACACUGUGUCACUCUCUUCAUCACAUAUAACAUCCACUUCCACUCCCUCUUCUAUGUAUUCUGGCUGGGGAUUGGUGGCCUCUCCACGUUACGCAUGGUUGCUGUUUUGGUGUCACGCACAGUGGGACACACCCAACGGCUCAUUUUGUGUGGAACCCUAUCUGCCCUGCACAUGCUCUUCCUCCUCUAUCUGCACUUUGCCUAUCACAAGGUGGUAGAAGGUAUCUUGGACACGUUGGAAGGACCCAAUGUCCCCCCAUUUCAGAGAGUUGCCAGAGACAUUCCAGUUGUUUCCUCUGCAGUACUGAACACAACAGUCAAAGUCAUGGCCCUGACCUCGUAGUCUCAUGGACUUGUUGCCCUCGUCUCUUCUGGGGCCAACUGGGUCACAACCUCCUGCUGUUACUUGGAAAAAAGACAAAAUGGCAGGCAUAGGACUCAGUUUCUCUCUGCCCCUCUCCUUUGGGUUAAGGUUUCAGGGAGCUGAAUGCAGGGCUUCUUGAUUGACUCAAAGGAGGCAGGCUCCCUCAGCCUGGACCUGGGCUGCACCACGCACAGUUGUACUCUCAGCGUCAUCCAUGUAGCUGGGAUUUUGUAAGUCAUUUUCCCCCUCCCUUGCUGUCUUGCUUGCUCUUGUACACCCCAGGCUACAUGUUCUGUUCCUCUCCUGUAGAGGGAAGAAUUAAAUUGCUGUUGGUGCUGAGCGA